CACAUUUUUUUACUUUUUCUAAACAUAACACAGAACUGAAUCUCUCUCUUUCCUUCUCUCUCACAGUUAAAUGUCAAAACCACCCACCACCACCACCACCACCACCACCGUCACUGCGGUCGUCUAGUUCCGAUAGACGACGUUUACUGCAAUUGCUAACGCCGGAUUUUGCGAAGACUGUGGUUGCUGUUUCCGAUCGAUUGUUUUCCGUUCCGGUAACUCCCGGUGGCCAGUCGUGUUUUCAACGGCGACGAUAGAAUCUUAACAAUUUUUUUGGCUGUAUUAUGAAGAAUAAUAUUAACGGAAAGCCUAACAACAACCAUAAGAACAGCAAUGGAUUUAUUCCUAAUUCUUUGAAAUUCAUUUCUUCUUGUAUAAAAACUGCAUCGUACGGUGUCCGUUCAGCCGGUGCCACAGUUGCCGCAUCCAUCUCCGGUGAUAAUCAGGACCUCAAGGACCAGGUCCUCUGGGCUUCCUUUGACAGACUAGAAGUUGGUCCAUCUUCUUUCAAGCGUGUUCUCUUAAUUGGUUACUGCAAUGGCUUUCAAGUCAUUGAUGUUCAAGAUGCCUCUGAUGUCAAUGAACUUGUAUCAAGGCGUGAUGAUCCAGUUACUUUUUUACAGAUUCAGCCUUUCCCUACAAAGUCUGAUGGUCAUGAAGGGUUUAUAGCAUCACAUCCUGUACUUCUGGUUGUUGCAUGUGAUGAAUCAAAGAGUCCAGAUCUAAUGCAUAGUAAGAGAGAUGGGCUGGUCAGAGAUGGUUACAGUGGUCCUCAAACUGGGAGCCCACUCAUAUCUCCUACCGUUGUUCGCUUUUAUUCGAUUAAGUCUCACAAUUAUAUUCACGUUUUAAGAUUCCGGUCAACGGUAUAUAUGGUUAGGUGCAGUCCUCGAAUAGUGGCCGUAGGGCUUGCAGCACAAAUAUACUGCUUUGAUGCUCUCACUCUGGAAAACAAGUUCAGUGUGCUCACCUAUCCUGUUCCUCAGUUGGGAGGCCCAGGAUACGUUGGGGUCAAUGUUGGAUAUGGUCCAAUGGCUGUUGGUCCAAGGUGGCUGGCUUAUGCUUCCAACAGCCCAUUGCAAUCAAAUACAGGCCGUUUAAGUCCCCAAAGUCUUACUCCAUCUCCUGGUGCCAGUCCAUCAACUUCACCUGGCAGUGGGAAUCUGGUGGCUCGAUAUGCCAUGGAGUCAAGCAAGCAGUUAGCUACUGGGCUACUCAAUCUGGGUGAUAUGGGCUACAAAACACUGUCUAAGUACUGUCAUGAUUUUAUCCCUGAUGGUUCUAGUUCCCCGGUGUCAUCAAAUUCAGGCUGGAGAGUUGGUCGGGGGGCAUCGCACUUGGCAGAAACAGAUGUUGCUGGGAUGGUGGUGGUUAAAGAUUUUCUUUCUAGAACUGUGAUAUCGCAAUUUAGAGCUCAUACUAGUCCCAUUUCUGCUCUGUGUUUCGAUCCCAGUGGGACGCUUCUGGUUACUGCUUCAGUACAUGGAAAUAAUAUAAAUAUCUUCCGAAUAAUGCCAUCCUGCUUCCAAAAUGGGUCCAGUAAUCGGAGUUACGAUUGGAGUUAUUCUCAUGUGCACCUUUACAAACUGCACCGCGGCAUGACAUCUGCUGUGAUACAAGAUAUUUGUUUUAGUCAUUGUAGUCGAUGGAUUGGGAUUAUUUCAUCCAGGGGAACUUGUCAUAUUUUUGCUCUUUCCCCUUUUGGUGGAGAAAAUGUUCUUCAGAUACGGAAUUCUGAUGUAGAUGGGCCUUCCAUCUCGCCAGUUCUGCCACUACCAUGGUGGUCAACUCCAUAUUUCAUGGCAAACCAGCAUUCUUUUUCUUCACUGCCACCAGCAUCUGUCACCCUCUCUGUGGUGAGCAGAAUAAAAUGUAGCCACUUGGGUUGGCUUGGUACUGUCAGCAGUGCUGCCUCUUCUGUGGCAGGAAAGACCACCAUUCCAUCGGGUGCAACUGCUGCAAUUUUUCACAACUCUGUACGUCAUGAUUUGCAACCUGCUCAUUUAAAAAGUGUUACUGCCUUAGAGCAUCUAUUGGUAUUUGCUCCUUCUGGUCAUGUAGUUCAACAUAAACUGCUAUCAGCAAUAGGAGGAGAAACGAAUGAAUCGGUUUCAAGAAAUCUGCAUGGCUCUUCAGCGCAGAUGCAAGAUGAGGAGUUACGAGUGAGAGUCGAGGCUGUGCAGUGGUGGGAUGUUUGCAGGAGAGCAGAUUGGCCAGAAAGAGAGGAGUGCAUUUCUGGAAUUACUCUUGGCAGACAAGAAACUGUGGACAUGGUCAUGGAUGUUUCCGAAUGUGAUGAUAAUAAAUCUGAGCAUAAGGAAUUAAAGUCCCACGAGAGAUCUCACUUGUAUGUCUCCAAUGCAGAGUUGCAUGUUAACUCUGGGAGGAUACCAGUCUGGCAAAAAUCAAAUAUGCAUUUCCAUAUGAUGGCUCCUGUGGAGUCUGAUGAGGUUAGUGCCGUUGAAGUUCAGUCUGGUGGAGAGAGUCAAGUAGAAAUAAUUCCUGUUAAUGAGGUUGAAAUUAGGCAAAGAGAUCUAUUGCCUGUUCUUGACCAUUUUCACAGGGUUCAGUCUGGUUGGAGUAACAGGGGUUUCAUUGGGGAAAAGUAUUCAAUUUCAUCUCCCGAUUCUCAUGGUGGAAGAGAAAAGCUCUAUGAAGGUGCUGCUGUUAUCCAUUCUAAUUUGUUGUCACCUGAUUCUGUUGAUAACUCAGAUGGAGGGUCGUCGAUAAAUUCUUAUCCACCCAUGUUCCAAUCUGGGAAUGUGAAUACCGUGGGAAAAGCCGCGUAUUGCAAUUUGGGUAAACCUGCACUGAAUUCUAGCUCUCUCAACAAAGAUAGUGGUGUAUUUUCUGUCAAACAAUCCACCUUGGAUAUCCGCCCGGUGGAGGAUUAUGAUUUUAGAAAUAAUUUGUCGUCUUUAACAAGUGGGUCACUUUCCGAGGGAAGAAACAUUGCAAAAGAAGCCCAGUCGUCAAACAGUAGCGGGACUAGUGAAGUUUCAAACAUAAGUUCCAACCGUUCUGAUUUAAGUAUGAACAUGAUAGAUGAGGGCGCAGUUAAUGACUCUCCGGAUUUUGAGCAGUUCUUUCAGGAAGGUUAUUGUAAGGCAUCACCUUCGAGCGAAUGUCGUGAAUCAACAGGAAUUAUUACUGAUGUGGAUAGCAACAGCAGUCCUUGUGAUAUAGAAAAAUGCAUGGAAGAUGGUGACAAUGAUGACAUGCUUGGGGGUGUUUUUGAUUUCUCUGAAGAAGGUUGAUGUAUGUAUAUGUUUAUAGCUUCUGAUCAAGUCCUGCUACCUCCUCUGCAUAUGAAAUGCUAUGUAACGGUUGGUGAAAGGUCGGCCUCAUGGCCUUAUUAGAUACUAAUUGCCAUCGGAAUUGGAAUGCUACUAACUGAUGGAUGCAAGCAAAUAUAAUCUUGGCAGACCUUAGUGUUGAGUUUGGACGAAUGCCGGGUUCCUACCUCUAAUUCUCUUGUACAUGUUGUAUAUUGAGAGUCAUGAUACAGCUGAUUUGUGUGGAAAGAUUCUUUUUUAUUUUUAAUGUUAUGUAACAUUGUUCAUUCUUCAAAGGAAAAAAAGACAGAAAAAUAAAAGGGGAAAAAAAAAAAGAAGGGGGGGAAAAUGCUGAUUCCUUGUAUUAGCAUUUGAUAUGUUCUUUGUAUUCUGCUGAUGUGGAGACUUACUGCUGAUGUGGCAAUUGUUCACGUGACUAGUUUCUUGUAUCACGUGAUUAGCUUUCUGGAGAAGCGGUUAUGAAAUGAUUGAUAUGAAGGUGUUCCUUCACACGUCUUCUUCUC